AUGAGGUCGAUCCCAGUCAUCGUCACCGGUCUUGCUGCCCUGGCCGCCGGUAAGCCGACGGACAAGCGGGCCACGGCUCCAACCAAAGAGCAGCUUUGCGUUGGCUUCAACGACGACUUUGACGCCUGCCAGCGCGAGACUACCACUUGCAUCCGCGAGGUUCAGGGCGAGUUUAGCUGGGACAAGGUUUCCCAGUGUCUCGAGGGAAAGCGCCCGCCUCCCACCAAGGAGCAGCUCUGCGUUGGUUUCAACGACGACUUUGACGCUUGUCAGCGCGCGACUGUCGCGUGCGGCGGCGAGAUCCAGGGUGGCUUCACCUGGGCAAAAAUCUCCAAGUGCCUCGAAGGAAAAAGCCAGGGCACUGCUUCCGAGACCGGUACCAAGACCAACAACGACUUCAAGGCCGAUCUCCGCGUCGACACGAACCGUGAUGGAGUAGUCGACAUGGAAGGCUCCUCCGACGUGGAGGGCAAAACCGAAUGGACCGAGACGUCGGGCGCCAUCUUCCUCGCCAACAUUGGCGACUCGGGCGAUCGCUGCAAGAAGCUUCACGCCAACCUGAAGCUGAACAACUUGGAAGACAUCUUCGGCAAGCUCGCCAAGUGCCACGAUGCUGACGACGACACGCAGCGCGCUCCCCGCAACAUGGCCCCAAUGCGCACCGUGCCGAUCCAAGGGCUCAGCGACUCGGCCACCGGCAGCGUGUCCGUCUCCGACACCCAGGCGCGCUCCCUCGUCCGCAUCUUCCGCGCCGUCAAGGACGGCAACGGCUGGGAGAUCGUCAACGACGACACCGUCUUCUCCGCCCAGGACCUGAAGCAAGGUCUGACCCUGGGCAUCGACGCCCGCGACACGCGCCGCGCCGGCGGCUGGGACGGCCGGGUUACCGUCGACUUCACUGUCCGGGACGGCGCCGCCUCGUCCACGGACAGCGUCAUGCUCCGCGUCGCCCCUGUGCUGCUCCACCACCACCGCCAGCCCAUCAAGCAGGUCUUCGCGUCCAGCUUCCGCGGCGGCUCCAUGGCCGCCUCCAUCACCGACUACGUGCAAGGCCUCAUCCGCGGCAUUGAGAACAGCAUGCAGCGCGCGGGCGUCCCCGGCCCGAUCAAGCAGCUCGAGACCGACGACCCAUGGGCGCAGGACUACCUCGAGCCGGGCUACACCAGCAUGCCCGGGCCGGACGGCAGCGUCGUGUGGCUGCGCGUCGUGAUUGAGGGCCGGCACCGGCCGGAGCGCAACUCGACCGGGCUCAUCUACACCACGCUGCGCGGCGACGGCGUCGGCGCGGUGGCGGCGUACACCCGCGCGGACCUCCAGAAGAGGGACGCCAAGUACGACGCCGGCGGCAACAUGGAGAUGCUGCCCCCAUACGAGCACAACGGCGCCAAGUUCCCGGCCGGUCGCAUCAUCGUGGGCGGCGACGCGCGGGUCCAGCCCAAGCAGCUGGACUUUCUCCAGGCGCAGGAGGUGCAGGCGCCGCUGGUCCUCGACUCCACCUGGCUCUUCGUCGAGCACAUCGACGAGAUGGUGCAGGCCAUCCCGGCCAAGACGGAGCGCGGCUGGGCCCUCCUCGCCAUCGACCCGCAGGUGGGCCUGAGCUGGCUGCGCAUGGCCGAGGAGCGCGGCCUCGGCGACCAGCCCGUCGUCAACGGCAAGUUGGCCGGCAGGUCCGGGCCGACCAUCUCCCAGUUCCUCCGGGAGCCGGAGAACAUCCGGGCGGCCGAGUUCAGCGGCCAGCGCAUGGCGGCCAACCUGGACAUUCUGAAGAAGGAGACGGGCAUUACCGACGCCGAGAUCUUCCGGGUCCCCUCGCUGAUCACCACCAAGACCGUCGGGAAGAAAUAUCUGGGCCAGAAGCGCCGGCGUGACGUCGACGCCCGCGACGAGGCGACGGAGGAGGAGGAGGCGGCGCUCGAUGCCGAGUUUCUCGAGUUUGUCGACUCGCUCGAGGAGGAGGGAGGAGACUUGCGCAACGGGACCCAGAUUCCUCGGCGUCGUCGUCGUCAGGUUGAUACCUCAGAGUCACCCGAGUUCGAUUCGCUGCUACCCAGUCUCGUCAACGGAGUGCCCUUGAGCGACUCGCACUACGUGGCACCCAAGCCGUUCGGCCCCGUCAUCAACGGUCGCGAUAUGUUUGAGCUUGUUGCUACCAGUGUGUACAACAAGGCUGGCUUUACCACGGUCGACUUUGUGGACGACUGGAGACUUCAUCUGGCCAGCGGAGAUGUGCAUUGCUUCACCAAUACAUACCGCGAUGCCUCGCAGCCAUGGUGGUCCGAGUGA